CCUAUGAGGCGUUUUCAGGCCUAAACCUUUAUUUAAAAAUAGGAAUCAUCGUGUUAGGCCCAAUUGUCUAUAAUGUGAUUUGGCAACUUUUGUAUUCCCUUAGAAAAGACCGAGUGCCCCUUGUUUAUCAUACCGUGCCAUGGCUUGGUUCUGCUGUUGCAUAUGGAAUGCAACCUUAUGAGUUUUUCGAGAACUGUAGGGAAAAGUAUGGAGAUGUUUUCGCUUUCGUCUUGUUAGGCAAAGUUAUGACGGUAUACUUGGGACCUAAAGGGCACGAAUUUGUUUUGAACUCGAAACUAUCAGAUGUUUCAGCCGAAGAAGCAUACUCUCAUUUAACCACCCCUGUAUUUGGUAAGGGAUGGAACAAAAAAAAUUCGUCAAGACUGCUUUGACUAAGGAUGCUUUUCAGAAAUACGUGCCCAGAAUCCAAGAAGAGGUAUUGGAUUACUUCAAGACAUGCAGUGAUUACUCAAUGACCGAGCGUAAUAAUGGAGUUGCUAAUGUCAUGAAGACUCAACCCGAAAUGACCAUUUUGACUGCCUCUAAAUCUCUAAUGGGAGAUGACAUGAGAGCUCGGUUCGAUACCUCCUUUGCUAAGCUAUACUCUGAUUUGGAUAAAGGGUUUACGCCAAUCAAUUUCGUAUUUCCUCAUUUGCCAUUGCCCUCAUACUGGGCCAGGGAUUCCGCACAACAGAAAAUUUCUAGCACUUACAUGUCUUUGAUCAACGAUCGUAGAAAAGCAGGAGACAUCGUGUCGAACAGAGAUUUAAUUGAUUCACUUAUGCUUACUUCCACUUACAAAGAUGGCGUCAAGAUGACUGAUCAGGAAAUCGCUAAUUUGUUGAUUGGUGUCUUGAUGGGUGGUCAACAUACCAGUGCAGCCACAUCAGCUUGGUUUCUUUUGCAUUUGGCUGAGAAACCUGAGUUGCAGGAAGAGUUGUAUAAUGAAGUUUUAUCGGCACUCAAGACUAGAGGCGGAAAAUUUUUGGACUUGUCUUACGAAGAUUUACAAGAGAUGCCACUUCUCAAUAACACCAUCAAAGAAACUUUGCGUAUGCAUAUGCCGUUGCAUUCUAUUUUCAGAAAAGUGAAAAAUAAUCUCCUCGUUCCUAAUACCAAAUUUGUGGUGCCCAAGGGCCACUAUGUUUUGGUCUCCCCUGGAUAUUCUCACGUGUCUGAAGAAUGGUUUCCUAAUGCCCAAGAAUUCAACCCUCACAGGUGGGCUGAAAUGGAAAAGACGACUACGCAAGAUGAUGGAGUGGACUACGGAUUUGGAAAAGUUUCUAAAGGUGUGGCCUCACCAUAUUUGCCUUUCGGAGGUGGGAGACAUAGGUGUAUUGGUGAACAGUUCGCCUAUGUACAAUUGGGGACGAUUUUAGCCUCUUACAUUUACAACAUCAAAUGGAAAUACGAAAAGGGCUCUUCACUUCCCCCUGUUGACUACCAGUCCAUGGUUACAUUACCCAUGGAACCUGCUGAAAUAGCUUGGGAGAAAAGAGAAACCUGCAUAAUUUAA